GUCAUUUUGUCACUGUGAUGAUUGAUUGAAUCGUGUUUUAUUAUCGUUGUCAUUGUUUUAGGAUUUCCUAGAUUUAUUCAAUUAGGAAUAUUUUUUUUUUGUAAAUAUGAAUGUAGUUGUAAAAUACUACUUGAAUUUUACAUACAAGACAUACGUGUGAAAUUUAUAUUACAAAUACAAAGGAAGAAAAAACAAUCUUAAAAAUGGAUUGGAUAAUAUCAGAUGAGUUGGGUCUAACAGUAGGCCAUCUAGUCGGUUGGGGGGCAGCUGGUGCCAUGAUUAUUGGUGGAGUGGCCCCUUACAUUCCACAGUACAGGCAAAUUAAGAGAACACAAGAUGCAGAUGGUUUUUCUCUGUAUGUUUGCUUAACACUUCUUAUAGCUAAUACAUUGCGUAUUCUAUUUUGGUUUGGCAAAAGAUAUGAACUGCCAUUAUUAAUUCAGAGUAUUGUGAUGAACAUAACAAUGUUUGUGAUGAUACAUCUAUGUGUUAAUGUUCGUAAAAAAAAUCAAAUCAUAAGAGCAAGGGAGAGAAUAUUCACAGGUGCAAUAUUCAUGUUAUAUAUACUAUUGUGUUGUGUGAAUGGAUCAGCCCAGCCCGACGAUACGGCGCGCUGGCUGGACCAACGCAGCAGCGUAGGGAGGGAGAAGCCGCGUCGCUUCUAUGACAUGGACAGAAAGUAUUUUUGGGCAUGGACCGACUUCCAGAGUUAUUUGGACUGUAUGCUCGUGUUCUCAGUAUUGGGUGCGGCGAUAACCUAUCUAUUGAUAGAGUUCUCACCGUUUGUAGAACUUAUUGGCUUCUUAGCUGUGUUCACUGAGGCGAUGCUCGGAGCGCCACAGAUUGCUAAGAACCAUCAGAAUAAAAGUACAGAAGGAAUGAGUUUAAGUAUGGUGAUAAUGUGGACAUGUGGUGACGUAUUCAAGACUGCAUACUUCGUGAUCCGCGAAGCGCCCACGCAGUUCUGGGUGUGCGGCGGCCUCCAGGUCUCCUUAGAUAUUAUUAUUCUAUUCCAAGUGUGGUUAUAUCAUGACAACACCGCAGCUGCGCGGCGGUUGCGUAGAGGUGACUAGCAGUGGUCCGAGACCGACUUAUAGCGCUCGGCUAGCGCAGCGCGUGCGCCUCGCCUGCGCCUGCUGCUGCUACGCCAGUUGCUGCGGCAGCUGGCACUGCUGCGCCAGUUGCUGCGGCAGCUGUCACUGCUGCGCCAGUUGCUGCGGCAGCUGCUGCUGCUGUCACGCGCCUACCUCACAUACUUAUGAUAAUGACUACACUGCUCGUCUUACAUAUCCUUUAAUCUAUGACUUUAUAUAAUCUGUAUAAAUCUGUAGAAAUUAUAUUGUUAUAAUCUAUAUUGUUGAAUAGAUUUUGACGUUUGGAUAUUAUAACCUAAAAUUAACAUUAUUGAAAUGAUUGUGUGCUAUUCGUAUAUUAGGUAAUUUUGACGUGUAUAGUAGCAGAAGUUGCCGUUAGUGUUUUUGGUGGAGACGUUUGAAACUAAAAUUAUAAAUAUAACAGUGACGUCAGACGAUGUCAAUGUUGCCAUUUGCACUUUUUUUACUUUUAAAGUGAAUUAGUUUGAACAAGUUUGAAUAAAUCCAAUUUAAACUUGUACAAACUUUCUAAUAUGUACAUAUCCCGAAACAGUAAUUGGUUUUAUUAUUGAAUUAUAUGUUGUGUAGAAAAAUUCGUAUAUUAUUGGCAACUAGUGGUAAUGGAAUAUUUUUGUGCGAUUUCCGCACGCAAGGUGCUAUUGGCUGAAAACAGCCAAAGAGGCUAAUGUUUUUUUUUAAUAGUUUUAUAGGGUAAUAAAUAGUAGUAAUGAAGUGAUUUAGCUUCCAUAUUUUAUUAAGGUCUUAAAUAUAUUUAUAAACUAAUUUUCAAAUUGAUAGUAAAACGAAUUGGAUAAAUUUUAAAUUAACUAAACUUUUUAUUCAUAAAUUAUGUUGAUAUUUCUAAAUAUUAGUAAAUUCUUUUUCAUAUGGGGCCAAAACUUUGAAUGUUGAUAUAUGGAUGUAUUCUUAACUCAUAUGAAAUGUAAAACGGCCAGUCAUUUGAAAUUUUUUUUUUAGAAAACGUCAAUGAAAUUGUUACAAAAGAAAAUUUUACUACAUUAAAUGACAGCUAUUUCAAAAUUUAAAAAUAAAAGAAAACGAUAGAAGUCUGUGAUAAAGCAUUUAACUUACUAGCGUAUUACAGAUAAUAAAACUUCCCUUAUAAAAUAUCUCAAAGUUUUUUCGAAAUACAAAUAUAUCGCACUCUAAGUAGUUUCUGACGCACCGUUAUUCAGUAUUCUUAUCAGAUAGAACGUAGUUUAAAAGCCUGACUAGGAUAUACCAUAAAAAACCUUGUUAUAUUGCGAAAAUAUCCAGAAUUAAUUUCUCAACGCACAGUACGAAAAAUAAAGUAUUUUUUUAACGGAUUUCCAAAAAAAAAUUCUUUUAUUUUUUUUUUUGUUGUCACAUACCACUAUAGCACUGAAUGUGUUAUGAAAAGUACAAUAUUUUAUGAUGCACGCCUUUUUCAAUAUUAAAUAAGUUUUUUUAAUAUAAACUACGCAAGUGAAGCUAGUCAGGUAUUAAAUAUUUCACUGGUUAAGAUUUACUUUUAUAAUUAUAAUAUGAAAUGAUAACAAUAAAAAGCAAUUUAAUAUAUUACAAAGAAAUCAUUUUUUUUGGUAUAGAAUUUGACAACCUAUAUGAAAGUGUAGUUGUUGAACGUACGCGGAGUGAGCGAGACAAACGAUUGAAUGCUUAAGAGCAACAGAGAAAGAACAUGUCUCUAAAUGCUGUUUCAGUUAUUUUACGUGUGAUAAUUUUUUAACAUUAAGCUUGUAAUGUUACACCUAUAUGUACAAAUAUAAUUUUAAAAUGUAUUGAUUAUUGAAUAUUUUUGUAGCCUUUUGGGUACUCGUGUUAGUAAAAUUGAAUUGCCACGAUCAUAUAAAGCUGUGUUUUUCGAGGGUUUAAAAUUGAAACUGGUGCUAAAAAUGCACGUAGUUAAUCUAGUCUUAAUCUAAAAUUUGUUGAAAUAGGUAUCUAGGAAAUGAAUUAAAUCAACUAAAUCGAAACCUUGUUUAUUUAAAAUAUUCUGAAAAAACCAUUAAAUAUGUGACAAGAUUAUUUUAUGUACGAUUUGAUAAUUUUUUUGGGUCGUUUUUGUAUGUUUUUUUUAAUUUUUCGUAAUUUAUUGUAUGUAUAGGUUGUCUUUUUACUGCAUUACAUCAAAAUGCUUGUCUAUUUGUGUAAUCUAUACAAAUACAUUGGAACCUCGGUAACAUAAAAACCUCUAAAACUUCAAAAAAAUCGGUCCACUAUAAAA